AUGUCAUCUCAGGCGGUGAAGAACGGGAAAGAGAUUGGCGAUCCCGCAUCGUUGCGUAUGGGCUUCCAGUUUACGGCUAAUAUGAGGUCUAUGAAUGAUAAACCAAGGAUUGGGGGUGGGGGGAACGAAUCUUGGGUCUUUUCGGUGCCGUUGUCCUUGCACGCAGACGUUCGCGAGAGGAUACGAGAUGCUCAGCUGCAGACCGGCCGGCUCAAGUCUUCUCCCGCCUUCCUUUUCGGUAUGUCCGACCGGUGUCCACAUGAGUGA